AAAAGCACCACCCACAGACGCCUGGCUGCAACAGUUUGGAGUGAAUCGCCUAAGGCAAAAUGUCAAGGCUAUUACAGACGAAGUGACUACUCCCUACAGUGUUGGGUUGGCUUUCGUGGACUAUGAAACUGGCAGUAUUUGGAGCCAGUGGCUCUACAGGUGUGGAGCUUGUAAAACAGGCACUAGCCCAAGGUCAUGACGUCACUGCCCUGGUGAGAGACCCUGACAAGAUGGCGGGACUGGUGCCAAACAAGGACCUCAAGAUUGAGAAGAUAGACCUUUCCUCUGCUGAUACUGUAGAACCACAUCUGCAGGAGAAAGAUGCCGUCUUAUCCUGUCUGGGAAGUUAUAGCUGGUUUGGAUCCGUCACGCUUUACACAGACUCCAUGGGCGUCAUUGUCACUGCUAUGAGAAAGAACAACAUCAAACGUCUGGUGUGUAUAACAUCCUGGUACACCACAGAUACACCAUUAGAUCCGGCACCUUUCCUAAUCCGCUGGAUUAUCAAUCCGUUUUUCCUGGGACGGGUUCUGACAAACAUGGCACAGAUGGAAGAGUAUCUUCAGGGAUGUGAAGACAUCGACUUUACCGCGGUCAGACCGCCAAUGUUAACAACGGGACCAGUCACAGACAUGGAAUUCAACACUGCGGAAGGGCAACAGGUGCAUGAUAGAGAUGGGAUGAGAGGGAUGCGACAUGCUGAUGUGGCCAGGUUCAUGCUGUCCAUCUUAUCAUCUGAGGAAUGGAUGAGGAAAUGUGUGGCUGUCAUUGCUGUUCCUAAGAAGUAGUGGUCAGCAAUAGUCACAAUCUUUAAACAAGUAGUAGCAGUAUUAGACUGGUUUAUUAGAUCUUCGCACAAGACAUACAUGCCUCCUGACGUCCGUGGAGGGCUGAAUUGUGAGGCUAUUUACAGAGGUAUCAAUCUAAAAAAGAUUAUACAUUUACAGUUAUGAUCAUUAAAAUACAAUGUUAAAAUUUGCUUGAUCUAAUUUAUUCUCGGAAUCACACACACACACACACAAAACAAAAAUUAUUGAAUGAUUUUGGUAAUGGGAAAUAUUCAUAU